AAAAUCGGACCGUUGGAAAGAGCGUCCAUAUUUUGAAUCAACGCUCCAUAUUUCUUUGCUCAGAAGCCGCUCCAUAUCCCCACCGUUCCUUCCCCGCAAUAAUCUCAAGAAGAGAAGGAACACAGCAGACCUUCUUCCCAAAUGAGUGGAAAACCACCACUCGCCGUCUCCCCCCGCCGCCUUCGGCCUCGCCGGCCUCCAACCUCCCUCCCCGCUCUCCGAUCCCCAACGGUGAAAGCCACACCAAAACCUCCAGCUCCGUUCCCCACUCGUCACUCCAUAGCCGGCGAGCCCCUUCUCCGGAAGAAUUGCUCCAUCUUCUCCUUUGACUUACCAGAGCCAACCAAGAAAGCCAAGGAUGACUUCACCCCCAUCCAUGAUCCCAUCACCUGCACCAAUCCUCUCUUCGAAAGAGGCAGAUUCUAUGAGUUAUACUCUGCGCGCAGAAACGAGAGGCUUAAAAGGAAGAUGAUGGAGAUCUCAGAGGAGACCGUCGCUCUGUAUCCCGAGGUCGCCGUUGAGCUUUCAAAAAAGAGGAGUUUGAAGAAAGCUGAGACGCCGAGGAAAUCCUGUCCGGGAAGCUUUUCUGUUAGCCGAGCUAGUAGUUUGAGGUCAUCGGCAGUGAGGAGUAGUUAUAAGGAUGUGAAGAGGGCCUCUGCUAUGGGAAUAUCUUCAAUGGCUUCUGUCGAUGUUGGAAAGAAGAUAAUGACUCGAUCAGCAUUGAGGAAGAUUAUCUGAUCUGAAUAAUGUUUUGAUUCUAUUUCUUGCAAGAGAUUGAAAAAUUGCUUUUUUUUU